CGUAGAUCUUUUUCUCUGUGAGUUUGUCGCCUCUCCUGUCAAACAUCCUCGUCCCUGAUCUCCUAGUCUACGCAGACCCAUCUCUCUUGUCCCUUUCCACACACACCCGCAUAGAUUUUCUAGGUUUUUGAUUCUUUUCUUUUGUAUAUUCAUCGAUUUCCUCACUGGGUCUUAAAGAUUCAAACCAGUUUAUCGUUUUCCUACAUCGAAAUGGCAAAAUUCAAGAUCAUAAAGAAGAAAAUGUGGGUGUUCUCUCAUUGAUCUAUCUCUCUCUCGUCCCCAAAACCAAACCCAUUUGUCCUCUUUCAAGUAAUGGAAGGUAUGCCCACGGCACUUACCCCCACCACUAGAGCCACCAGUUCAGAUGCUACGGUUAUGCUUCGCCCUCGAAUGUUGCUCUCUUUCUGGUUCUCUCCAACCACUCGCCCUCCUGGUCUUGACCCGUAGAUCAUAUAUAUAGAUACAGUCGUACACCUGUUUGAUAAAUAGAUUUUACCUUUUAUGCUGAAAGUAUAAGCAUGAGUUCAUUUGCUUGGAACCCAAAUAGUUCAAACUUUGUAUCAAUUGAAAGGUGUGACCUUGAAUUAUGAUUCUUGGAAGCUGUUUAGUUUUAAGCUUUGGGAUAAACUAUUCUAGACUGCUUGAUCCUUUAAUAGUAUACAUACUCGCCCUUAUUUGAUAUAUAGGUGUGAUCAUGAAUCCAUAUUCUGGGAAAACAAAUAGUUUAAACUUUGGAGACAGUUAUAUGGGGUUGGUAGGGCCUUUUUCAGAGAAUUUAGGUGAGUUAAGUGGGGAAUGGAGAAGUGGGUCAAUUUCGGUUUCUCAGUCUUUGGUGUUGGAUGGUGAGAAAGGGGAGUUAGUGAAGGCUCCAGGGAAAGCGAGGAAGAAAGGGGGAGUCCCUGAGGUGAAAACGAUGGCAGCAUUGAAGAGCCAUAGUGAGGCGGAGAGGAGGAGAAGAGAGAGGAUUAAUGCUCAUCUUGACACUCUUCGCGGUCUUGUGCCCUGCAAUGAAAAGGUUAUCUAUAUUCCACGCAGAUUAGAUUAUGCGAUUCUUAAUGGGCCUUUUUCAGAGAAUUUAGGUGAGUUAAGUGGGGAAUGGAGAAGUGGGUCAAUUUCGGUUUCUCAGUCUUUGGUGUUGGAUGGUGAGAAAGGGGAGUUAGUGAAGGCUCCAGGGAAAGCGAGGAAGAAAGGGGGAGUCCCUGAGGUGAAAACGAUGGCAGCAUUGAAGAGCCAUAGUGAGGCGGAGAGGAGGAGAAGAGAGAGGAUUAAUGCUCAUCUUGACACUCUUCGCGGUCUUGUGCCCUGCAAUGAAAAGGUUAUCUAUAUUCCACGCAGAUUAGAUUAUGCGAUUCUUAAUGGUAGUACUACUUGAUAUGCAUAACAUAUGCUUUAGUUAGUAUAAUUUAUUGGGUUUAGUCAAGUUAUAAUCUUACUGUGCAAACCUUGACAAUUGAGGAAUAUUAGAAGUCUGAUUUGGGUCAUUUGUAGGUUCUGCUAGAUGUCAUUGGUUCUCUCGUUAUUGAUUGCAGCUGAUAUAAUUUCACUUAAAUUCUAGUUUUUCUUUGUGUCCUUUAGUAGAGGGAGUGUCAUGAGAAAAUUUUGGGGAACUUGUGAGGCCAAAGUGGUAGGUAAAUGUUUUUUGUGCGUGUUUCAUUUGACUUCUUUUCAUUCAUACAUGUAGGUACUAGGAGUGUUAGAGCUAAUGACUAUGGUUAGACAGCUGGUGACAAAUUUUGUAGGACUUGGUUUGGUCCUUGAUUUUAUCCUAGUGUCAUUUUGAACAAUUGACCUGAUUUCCGAACAGCAGUCGAUGAUGAUUCAAUUUGUGAUUUAUGGUUUGGUUGGCAAUUUUUUGUUGACUUUGAUGGCUCCUUGAUUUUAUACCUGUUAUUUUAAAUAACUGACCUGAUUCCCAAACAACUGUUGAUGAUGGUUCAAUUUUAUGAUUCAAGAUUUUGGCUCUUUCCUUGAAUACAUCUUUUGAGGCAUCUUGAACAAUUAUGAGAUUUUGGAACACUAAAUCGCAUGCCUUUACGGCCUAUCCCAUUAUUUUUAAUGAAGUUUCUCAUGUUGAAAUACUCUGCUCAUCUUAAUUUGAGCCUCCUUUUUCUAGUAGAUUAAUGUUUUACAUGUCUAAUGUGAUAUAUUGUUGUGCAUGAUGCGAACCUUUUUUUUUUUUUAACGAUAACUUGCAAACCCAGACAACCAUGAGAGUUGACUUUCAUUCGAGAUUCAAGAAUCAAUAAAGCCACAGGAGAUAUCUGACUUUCUUCGUAGACUGUGAAAUCAAGAUUCUAAGAACUAAGACAUAAUUCAUUAAUUGUUGCCACAGAAUUAGGCAUUAUGAUAACAUACAGAUUAGCCAUCCCCACUGGAAAUCUAGAUUUUUGUUAACUUGUGCUUUUCCGAUUACAAAAAUAAAGAAAUCACCACAUUGCUCUGUGUGCAUUUAUCAAGAUGAUCCUAGUGAUGGACAUCGGAGUUUGUGAUUCUCUGUCAGCUCUCAAUCGAUAUAGUUACAAAUGAGGUAGACUUCUUAGUUAGUGUUCUGUCAAUUUAUCGCGCAGUUGUGUCAUACAGCCCUUUGCUGAUGAAAGGAAAAGGCUACAAUUAUAUUGAGUUAAAAAGAAAAAAACAAUGACCUCGUUUAUUAAUUUGAGGAUCUUGGGGUUGUUUG